AUGUCGAAACCUGCAGCGAAACGUCAAAGAAUAGAAUUAUCCUUAGAAAAGCGAAUUAGCUUGAUCAACGCAUCUGAAAGAUUCCCUAAACCUACUUUAAAGUCUCUCAGUGAAGAAUUUGGCAUCGGAAAGUCAACUGWAAGCGAUAUUCUAAAGAAGAAGGAAAUCUACAAAGAACAGUACGAGAAAAACAGCGACGACAAAAAGAAACGAUGCAAUAACAAUUGCAAGUACGAACGUCUGAAUGAACUCACUUGGCAGUGGUUCCAGYGAGCCCGGUCAAAGAACAUUCCAAUCUCUGGUCCGAUCAUUCAAGAAAAAGCUUGUCAAUUUGCAAAGGAACUAUGCAUUGCCGACUUUAAGGGAUCAAAUGGAUGGCUAGAUCGGUGGAAAUCCUGUUAUUCUAUCAAAGCAUUUCAGAUCUGCGGAGAGAGUGCCGAAGUUAACACUGAAACAGUUGAUGACUACAAGMAGAGGAUUCCAGGAAUUGUUCAAGGAUAUCUACCAGAAAACGUGUUUAAUUGUGASGAGACCGGGUUGUACUUCAGAGCCCUGCCAAACAAAACUUUAUCUGCCAAAGGUGAAAACACUAAAGGUAUCAAAGAAUCCAAGCAAAGAGUUACGAUAAUAUUUGCUUGCAGUGCCACCGGAGAGAAACUUAAACCACUGGUGAUCG